CAGAUUGAGUUUAUUAUUUAAUUGAUUAAUAUUGGGAUAUCCUCGAAAGAGAUAUUUAUUUACGACUGUGUUUAAUAAUUUAUCUAUUUACAAAAUAUAUCUUCAAAUACACAAACAAAGAGACGUAGAAAGUAUACAACAAACGAAGACAAAAUGUGUUUAUUCGGUAUCCCCAAAGACGAAGACAUAGUCUUUGUCGAUCGUCGCGCCCCCCGCCAUAAAUCCACCCAGAUCAUCCGCGAAAGACGUUCCCACUCAUCUCGCCCGGUAUCCCGCGUCUCAGAAACAGUUAUCAAACAACACCACCGCCGACCUUCCACCCCCAUGUCCGAAGUCCACCGACACUCAACCUUCAUGACCGAGAUUCACCGCAGCCCACUCAGCCAUCGACACUCUAGCUCUAUGACGGAAAUCCACCGUUCACAUACUCCUGUUCCGCCGACCCCAAAACCAGCUACUCCUGUUCCUCCUCCGGCAUCCGUUGCUCCUCCUCCACCACCCCCGCCGGCUUCGGCAGGAUUUCCUCCAGGAUAUACCCCAGGAUAUCCUCCGCCUCCCAUCUCGGUUGCGCCGCCCCCCUCACAUCAUUCUCACAUACCCCCACCCUCACCAUCCAUCAUGCCCCAAAGCCCCGCCCCUUCAUACCGCGAUCUCUCACCUCCUCGCGUGCCCACCCCACCCGAAGAAAGCCGAGUCGAAUUAAUCAAAGUCGAAGAAGAACACUGGCCGCCGCAUUCCCACGGCCGCUCCAGUCCGAGCGCAAUCCACGUCUCCAGAAGAAAGAGUCGGAAAGAGAGUGUUUCGAGCGGGAGAGAUAGAGACAGGAGUGAGAGAGAAGAAAUCUAUAUCCAGAGAGAUCGCAUUAUUGAACGCGGUACCCCAUCUCGUCAUGCGUCUUCGAGUCCGAGCUCGUUUGCGAGAAGAGGGAGUAGAGGGAGUGGGACCCCCGAACCGGUGCAGAGCGGAUAUCGGACUGUAGAGGGAACGGGCUGGGAUGAUCGAAGACCGAUUACGCCGAGUGGGUAUAGAGUUGUGGAGGGAGCGGGAGCGAGGAGAGGAAGCGGAGUGGGUGUAGUGAAUAUUCAUCGAGAGAGAGAAUGGGAGAGGGAAAAAGUAUCACCCUCGGAGUUUGGCGGGAGGAGAGGGAGUUUUCCUUAUGAGAAUGGAUCGAUCGGGAGACCGCGAAGUUCGGCGGGAAGAUUUGCGGAGAGGGAGAGAGUGGUGAUGGAUGAGGGAGGGAGGAGAAGGGAGUUGUAUAGAAGGGCUUGAGGGGGUGGGAUGGACUUUUGUGGUGAGGUCUGAUGUCAUGUAAUUAUUUUGUGUGUGAUCGCCUGCUUGGUUUCUUGAUGGUGUGGAGAAGGUUGGAAUAUUCUUAAACGCUAUUUUAUACUUUUUAGAUUGUACGCAUAUACUGCGCGAGCGAGCGAGCCGAAUUCUAUUAGAUCUUGCCUAACUUUUUUCUUCCUCAUUUUUAUAUAUAAUGAGAUACUCGGUACGAUAGUAUUAAGUCUUCUAUUUAUUUCAUCACU